CAACUGAAGCUGUCAUUACUGCUCCAUCCUGAGUUCGUUGUCCUGACAAUAUGGACAAAUCUGCGUACCUGUGACUCGGACUCGUACGAAAUGAACACCAAACUGCGCGCCGACUUCUCGGUCCAAAGCACUCAAACGCCGCCCAGCAUGUACCCAGCCAGCGCCUCACAUGCUCUAACGUCUCUGGCUCCUCGACCGCCGGUUUCGAUCCUCAUCUCAGCGCCCUUUCUAUUGUCCGAUUCGUCCUCGAGCCAAUUCUUCGACCUCUUCUUAUUUGGCUUCUCUUACUUUUCGCUUCUCGUCCUUCUCAAAAAUCGUUGAACGCGUCCUGGUCCACGCCAGCGAGCGAGAAGCCACCUAUGCCAUCCACGUCAUCACUCUUCACCUCCUUCCCCGUCUUCGGAUGCUCCUUUUCAACAUUCUUCUCACGGAUCGCAGUCCUCUAUAUGGGCCAGUUCGUGUGUAGGAGAGAUGAUUGUAGCGCCAGAAUAGCAUCCCCACUAAUGUCCC